CGGCUCCGAGCGCCGCCCCACUGGGGAAAAACGCGGCCCCGAGUCCCCCCGGCAGCGCCAGCUGCGGCCUCCGGGCCGGGGCACAAGGACACCGCGGCGCGACGGCGGCUCCGCCCUCCCGGGGGCGGCACCGGGGCGGGGGACGCUUCUCGGUGUCGUGCACGGCCGCGGCGGGGGCAGCGCUGCCGGGUUGAACCCCCAAAUACAGAAAUGAGGAAGGUUCUGUGUGUGGAACCCGUCAUUUUCAUCUACAUUUUCGCGUCCUCCCUGACGAGCCCGCUGGUGCAGCAGUUCAUAUACCGGCGGCUCUGGCAGGACCUGUACAACACCACCAACAUCAGCGAUGCCAGCGCCUCCCACUGCGAGCAGAACCAGAGCAGCCCGACUUACAUCAAGCAGAAGGAAGUUCAAGAAAAAGCCUCUGUUUUUAACAUGCAGUUGGACUUAACUGGGGCAGUUCCCAGCCUUAUUGUUGCCUUUGUCAUUGUAGCUAAUGGGGAUCGCCAGGGACGCAAAAGGUCUUUAGUUUUACCAUCAAUGGGAGCUUUGAUUGCUGAUAUUUGCCUCACCAUAAUAUCAUAUUUUUCCUUUUCGCUUUCUAUCCUGUUUGCGGUUGCAUUUAUUACUGGACUGUUUGGGAGUGUGGCAACUUUUCUCGGAGGAGGUUUUGCUUUUAUAGCAGAUGUGUGUCACGAUGAGAAGCAGAAGACAACACGAAUAGCUGUGGUGGAUUUGAUUUUUGGAGUUGUAUCUGGAUUGGCAGGGCUCUCAUCUGGCUAUUUUCUAAGAGGAAUAGGCUUUACAUGGACAUUUGUGACAGCAUCUCUGCUUCAUCUCAUUAAUAUUAUCUAUAUUCUGUUUAUUCUGGAAGAUACAGUAGGUGUAUCUGAAUUGCAGCACCAGACACCGGUAUCUUUUACAGAACUUCUGAGAGAAACUUUUUCUGGAGUGUACAUGCUUUUUAAAACUGCUCCUUAUAAAAAGAGAAUUUUAAUCAUUGUGUUACUUUUUACAUUUAUGACUUAUUUGUUUACUGUAUUUGGUGGAAGUUCACUUUUUACACUGUAUGAACUGGAUGAGCCACUCUGCUGGAAUGAAGUAUACAUUGGAUAUGGAGCAGCUGCAUUCACUUCUGUCUCCCUGACCAGCUUUUUAGGAGUUUACUUAUUUUCUAAAUGUCUCAAAGACAUUUAUAUUGUCUUUAUUGGGAUAUUUUCUUACAUUGGAGGAAUGGUCAUGGCUGCCUUUGCCAAAACUACCCUGCUCAUGUUUUUAGUAAGAGUACCAUCUUUGCUCUGCAUUAUGCCUGUUCCUGUUCUCCGAUCCAUGCUGUCAAAAGUGGUUCUCCCUGAUGAACAGGGUGCUGUGUUUGCUUGUAUUGCCUGCUUAGAAGUUGUGACUGGCACUAUUUCACUUUCAGUUUUCAAUAUUCUUUAUGCAGCUACUGUUGCAUGGUUUUCAGGAUUUAGCUUCCUCUUGUCGGCAGGCCUCUGUCUAAUUCCACUGGCUGCCCUGUGCUGGCUUCUGUGCACAAACUGGAAUGGGGAGGACUUGGCUCUCCUUGUACCUGAAGAAGUAUCCAGCAUUGAAAGCGCUGAUAGUUGAACAAAGGAUUCACCUACCUGGGUUUUCUAAUCUGACAUGCAGUGGCAGAGACCAGUAUGUCAUACAGAGACCAGAGAGAUAACACCACAGUAGUAGAUGCAAACUCAAAGGGGCCCUACAGCAAUAAGCACUAAAUUGGUAGGACUCUUCAUCCAGUCUCUUUUUAGCGCUUGAAUAAAGCUAGUUUUUAUACUUAACUAUGCAAAUAGACCAGUGAUGGAGAUUUUAAUGCUGCUUUCAGCAUGAAUUAAAAAAUAAGGUAGGAUAAUGCUCUCUUUCCACUUACCCUUUCUCAGGUGUGAGAAUGUUAGCUGUGAAUUGUGAUACAUCUUGUAUCAUUCCAAGUGGGGUGAGAGAGAUAAGCUUAUCAACUCUCAGGGUGCUGGCAAUUCUGCUGAAGCCAGUGGAGCUCAAGCUACCCGAGGACAUCUGAAAACUGUACAGUUGAAACAGCCUGUCUAAAUGGUGAACCUCCAAACCUGUCUAAAAUUACUAAACUAAAGGUAUUUUUCUCAGAAAGCAAUUAAACUGGAGGCAGAACUUGCACCUGCUGUAAGCAGAUUUACUGCUCUGCAGUUACCCCGGAGUGUUUGUGCAAGUUUAAUGUAUGAUCUGUGGAGCUUGCCUGUGACUUAGUUCUUAAAAAGGAUUGUCACACAGAACCAUCAAAACAUUUCCAGCUUGCAGAAAGUUAGGCCUGUGCCUACAUUUUGCAGAGGUCGUAUUGCACAUAUAUUUUUAUCGGUCUCCAUGUAUUAGGGACUGCACAUAGACACCUCUAUUUUUUGUCUCACAGAUAUUUCCUGUUUUCUAGUUAAGUUUGCUGUACUUACCUUAAAUUUUUCUUCUAGUGAAAGGCUGUAACAGCAUUUCUUUUCAGUGGAUUUUAGAUUUUUUUUCUAUAACCCUGAAAUGAAGUGACCAGAUCUGAAUCAUACAUAUAAUCAUUUUGCAACUAAUGCAGUAUAAUUUAUGAGCACUUGAACAGAGUUUCUUAUCUUAAAAGCACUUUACAAAUGCUAUUAAGAACCUUCUUCUGUAAUAGGUACUAUCCUCCCUGUUGCCAAGAGAGAGAGAAAUCAACAGAGGGGACACGUGACUUGCCCAGGGCCACUGGUGAGACAGCCAAAAUUAGAAAUGUUUCUGCAUCAGCUCUUCACCUUUUUGAUUGAGAUAUUUAAGUAGAAAUUAUCCAGAGUACUAGCUUCUGGAACACAAAGCACAGGUGUUAAGGAACGCUCCCAUGUGGGUUUUUUCAGGAGAGUUUAACAGCUAGUACCGUUCUGAUCCCUGAAAGUACAGGUAGGUUUAAUGUGACCCUCUUCACCCUAAACAGAUUAGGUAGAGAAAACAAAAUAAUGUAAAGUAGUUGACAUUCACAGAAGGAAAACUCUAGGAGAGUAACUGAUUUGGGAACUGACUUCCCAUGUACACCUCACAAGAUGAAAAUGACAGACACAGCAUAUGCUGUAUAAUCGGCAGUCUCAUGGCCAUUAAUAUCCAUCAUCUAAACAGAGUUCUUCUGCAGAGCUUCUCAGUGGUACUCCACCUAAAAAAUUAGUACAUCAUGAUACUACUGUAGAUCCUUUUUGCUUGAAUGACAGCAUUGUUUCCAAACUACAUAUCAUGAUCACUGAAAAGUUUGGAAGAGGGUUCAAAUAAGGUAAAGGAGAGUUUUUAGCUUUCCAGGCAACUAUUACCUACCCAUCACUAGUGAAAACAGUUUGGUCAGGACAGAAGUAAUGAAUAUUUACACAGCUAACAGCUAUAGCCAGCUCUUGCACUUCUGUCCGGAACUACCAAAGCUGAUGUUAGUAAUUAAAGAUCAUUAGCUUUUCCUAGCUAGUUUAGACAUUAGCCAGUAAAUAAAACUGUUUAUCUCCUCUUCCUUGAGGUGCCCAAGUUGCUCCCCGCUUGUUGGACAAGUGAGCCAAGUUUUACAAUAAUCAUGGGGUCCAAAAUGAGUAUUUGUGGAGACAUUAAGAAAACACUGAUGUAAAUGAUUUUAGCACAAAGAUUACAUUGUCUUCCUUGCCUCUUCAUUAUGCAGUUACAUAAGGCUUUAAGAAAUUAACUGUUUCACACAAAACUGCCUGGAAAAAGUAAAUCAUAUUAAGGAGUGUGUGCCUUCACUUCCUCUUGGUGAACGCACACUUCUGCUAGUACUUGGAAGGUAGCAACAGUAAACCUGUUCCACAGUGGCAUUGUGUCAGUCCAAAGAACAAGCAGGUACGCUUUGGGAAUGGCAUUGUUAUGGUUUGAUUUUGCUGUACAAAGUACUUGCAGUUUGCAGGGUAUUCUUGGUAGACACAGCAUUUGGAACUAGCUGUAGGGUUAGUUCAAAACGUGAAGGAUAUGAACUGUGUUUUUUAAAAGUGCCUAGCACAGUACAAGUUGAUGAAACCAGGUACUAAUGUGCUUCGGAUUAUUAAAUCAAAAUCUUCCAAGUUUAUAAUAGUUGCUUUAUUUGUAUAGAAAUACAAAUUGUUUUGACAGAAAUUAAUAAUGAAAUUUUCUUCAUAUUUGUAGUUAUUGUUUUUUUGACAAAUAACCAAUGGGAUGACUGGUGAAGGAAUGGUUUAUGUAAACAGAAGCAGCAGCACUAUGGCUGCUUUUUAUGGUCAUAACAAACAAAGAGCAGUAUGGGAAGGUGUGUUUUCUUCUCCCUCCUGCACCUGGGGAGAGGAAAGGAUGCUGCUCAGAACGUCAGCACUAAGGAGGGGGGGGGAUUGCAGCACAGGGACAGCACUGCUGUCUGCAAGAACUCAGCAUGGGGCCUUGUGCGCACCAGUCAGACCCAGGGACCCAGAAGUGCUUUCCUCCCCUUGCUCAGGUUGGGUCCAACACAAACUCAGGGUUGGUCUGCCUCGGUUACAUUUCUUAGCACACCUCUCUUGGUGAGCUACUGCAGGUUGCUACUUGCAGCGCCUGCCUUACAGAAUGAGGCCUGUAUGAAAUAGGGAGAAAGGGCUGGGCCAGGAAGACGAGUCUGCAGCCCAACCCACUGCAGCACUUAGCAAGUGCAACCCUUCCUUUUUUAUCUCAAAAGCUCUUUGCCUCGGUCCUGUUUGAUUCCCAUUACUCUAUUAAAGGCACAAGCCGUCACACACACUUCAUACAUGUACCCUUUGCUUUCCAGCCUAGCUAAGCCCUCAAAUUAGAUUCCUUGCUCUGAAUAUGGCUUGAUCUCACCCAAGACUACAAUAAAGUAUACUAAUCCUAGAACAAAGCCACCUAAAAAUCAGUCUGGCUUCCUAAUCUGUGUCCACUCUUUGCUGCGCUGAUGAGAAACUCUACUAGGUGACUUGUCUUAAUGUAGUUUUGCUCAGGCACAAUAGCAUCCAUCCAUCCUUCAGCUCACAGCCAGGAAAGGCCAAGGAGGUGAAGCGGGGAGCUACAAGGUACCAGUAACUAUGUACAACUAUGGAUGGCUCCCUGUUUUCUGCACCUCUGUUCCUGGACCAGUACUGGUGGGGAGGCAGACCUGAAAAUCCCCCCAAAGUCAAUGCCCAGAUCUUAAGUUGCCCCAGGCUUGGCAAGGUAAUCUCUCAGCCUUUCUGGCCUGAACUCCACACUUGCAUUGUAACAACAGUUUAGUUUUACUUUAUACAAAACUGCCAAGAAACUUGGAAAUUAUAAAAUAAUAGCCAAUUUUGAUGUUUAAUAAAGUAUAUCAGCUCACAGAAAGAUCAGGGCAGCCACAGAAAAAAAAGUGAGCAGGUUUAUACUUGCAUGUUCAAUUUAUUAGUUCUGUUUAACUUCACUUAGGCAAAAAAAAUAGCACUGAGGCCUUGGCUUUUAUUUCAUAGCACAAGCCUCUCAUUUCUGCAACUCAAGUGAAAGUUUCAGAAGCUUCACUUCUUAAACAAGCUUAAACAUAAAACUAAAAUAAAACCACCACUUAAGUGUCUCAUACUGUGUCAUCUCAUUGUUUCUAAUUUACUGCAACAUUUUGCAAUAGAUGCACGUAAAAGCACUCUAAAACUUACAGGACAGAAGUAAGAGGCUUUCACCCACAUGGAUAGGGAAUCUGUUGCAGCUUUAAGCUUAAUGAAAGCAGAAAAGAUGGUUGGGAUUGUGAAAGGAGGUGUAUAGCAACAUCUCUGCUAAAAUUAUCUACAACAGAUUAAUAAGUACACUUAGCGGUUUAACCAAGUUAUUUAAACCUGCUGAAUCAACACAGUUCCUGUGUUAGAAAUACUGUCUCAAGCUCCCCACAUGUGACAAGAGAUGGCAUCUUUUGAACCACAGAUGGGUUGUUUUUUUUUUAAAUAAUAUGCCACAUCACAUUAGCUGCCUUGCAGGUUUUAUGUAUGGCAUGCAAACAGGUAUGACAUGAGAAAACACUAGUUAGAACCACCCACACUUCACAACAUUUCAAUUUCACACCACCUCCCACUUAAGCACAUAAAACACCUUUCAGUGGCCCACUCCUUUAAAAGGUAUAUUUAAAUAUAGGUGUCUCAUUCUCCCUUAAGAAGUGGUUUUGGUAAACCCACAAAAAAAUGUCUGUAUUUGUCAUCUUGUACCACUGUAUCUUCAUGUUCACACUGCAGCAGCUUUAUUAGGUACUGUCAUAAUGAAGCAACGUUCUUUCUUAAUCCCUGAAUACUAAAGUACCUAGAUCUACUAGGUCUCUAGUGCUCUUUUGGAUUAUGUUCUCAAAUGGAUUUUAAAACACUUCUUUGAACUCCAAAUGGAACUUGCUUCUACUUUCAGAAAACAAAAUCCUCUCAGGGACAAAGAUGAAAAAAAUCCAGACCUUUCACUCCCUUUUAACAGGGAUACUUCCAAUUCUACACAAAAGCUUAAUGACUCACUCAUGAAUAACAGUCAACAGUGGAGAGAAAAUAAAUGUAGCAGGAUUCCAUUGGCAGUGCAGAAGUUCAAGAUCUUUAAAGAUAUCAUAAGGAAAAAGAACAACACUGUUUGUGUUGUGGAUAAGAUAUUCUUGAUUUACGAUUAAAUAUAUUUUGGAACGCAACAGCAUUUAUAGCAAACUUUUAUUCAAUAGUUUAAAAAGUGUAUGGAAGUUUUCAUGAACAGAGAGUUACUCGAUGGAAAAUACCUUUUCCCCCUUAAAAAGUUCUUCUGCAAGAACAAAUAUUAAAUGCAUUUACCUACAGUAAUCUGCUUUAAAAUGCAUGGAUAUUUUUGGAUUUCUUGUAUACAUCUAUGGCAUUUCCAUAGUUAAGCUAUUGUCCUGAGCAGUGUAUGAGGAGUCAUUACUGAAACUUUCUAGUUACAGGACAUUUAUGUAAUUGACAACAAGCACAGAACAACUUAUAGACUUCUAACAUUUAAUGUGCCUUUUCACGAAGGAAGGCAAAUGAUAACUGUAGGACUGCUUAACACUGUGAGUGUCAUUUAGUAUCAUGUAUUCAGAUCUGCAGUAUAAAGACACACAUGGAACAUUUUUAGGGAGUACAUUUUGUUACAAUAAACCAAGUUUGUA